AUGUUUGACUGGGUCGGUUGGUUGCUAAGAGCGGUCUACAUCUACGGAUUCUUAAUCGGGGUUUCUAACUUCGAAAUUGACUGGAGGGCUGGUCGCGUCUUAAAGUCCAUUAGAAGUACAGCUUAUGCAGCUACAAUCAACAUUUUGACAGUGCUAGUUCUGGGUUUUCAAGUGGGAACUGACACCAACUUGAAUGUAAUCUUUGGGAAUGCGAACAAGCUUCACGAAUAUGUGAUUAUUGUGAUGUCGGUUCUAAGAAUCAUUUCCGGACUUACUGUGCUACUGACUAGAUGGCAACAGCGCUGCAAGCUCAUGACGCUUGUCAGGAUACUGUUUCGGCUCUAUUUGGAAAAGCCUCAGAUCAAAAGAAUGUCCCGAUGGGCGAUUCUCACCAAAACGAUCACUGUUACCUUGAAAGACUUUCUUCAAAUAGCAUUGGCUUUGGAAGCCCUGGGCCGUCUUGGGGCCAGACAGGCCUUAGGAAUGUAUAUGCAGUUCGGUAUGGCGGCUCUCAUGAGCUACGCCCUAUCCCAACAUUACCUGAUAAUGCUUUUCGUCAGAGUGGAAUACCAGAUACUCAACUCUGAGCUCGAACAGGUGAUUGAGGAGAGCUGCUGGUUGAGCUACCACUCUCCACGCAAUGGAGUAUUCAUGACCAAGUGCUGCUAUUUGGCUGACAGGUUGGAAGAUAUUGGAAAGAGGCAGGACGAGGUUCAAUCAAUUGUGACAUAUUUAGGAGAAGUUUUUGCGGUGCAGGGACUUCUGGCCUUUACAGAAAACUAUAUUAGCUCAGUGGGUACCACCUAUCUAAUCUUUAGCCUCUUUAAAUACGGUCGCGAAAGGUUGGGAAUGCCAUUGAACGCCGUAAUCUUUUCAAUAUGUUGGUGCUUUUUCCACUAUCUUGAUUCCUUCAGGAGCCAUUUUCUCAUGCUGAGUAUUCUGGACGAGCAUCGGAGGAUGGCCGGUCUUUUGAAGAAGAGCAGUAUGUUUGCUCCAGGAUUGGACGUGCGACUUGAACAAUCGUUUGAAACCUAUCUGUUUCAGCUGGCCAGGAAUCCGUUGAAAAUGCACGUAAUGCAAAUGUUUCCCAUAAGCCAUACGUUUACCACAGCCAUGUUUGGAUCUAUAGCCAUGAACUCUAUAUAUCUUAUACAAUAUGAUAUGGAAAAUUUCUAA